CUACCCGUCUGGAUCACCGAUCACCGUAUCCUUCUUUCACCCUCACCUCUCCUUCUGCUAGUGCCCCGUCUCCACACUAGCCGGUGUCGGAGAAGCUUAUCUCCCGCGAUAAUCUCGCAGAUUGUGUACGGCGGCUUUAAGCCUCUUUCCCUUGACGAGCUUCCAGAUCCUCGCUGGCGUCGCAUAAAAACUGGGAAAGAGAGGAGGAGAUCAGGCUCAUCGUUGGUCUCAACAUUCCUCUUACAAUCGGAACUCUGCAAUCUGAUAUAGGCAUGCAUCCAAGCAAUUCUCCAUAACAUAGGACCAGAACUUGGGAAACAAGAAAAGAAUAGAAAUUGGGAACGGAAAAGACAGGGUCAGUGCAAACUGUGUCAAGCAGAGCAAGCGAGACGAAGCUUGAGGGAGACAAAGGGAGAGAGAUUGAAGGAAGGAAUAGAGAGAAGGAAGUUGCAAAAUUCAAGCAUUGGAGUUUCACCGAGGGCUCUGAUGGGAAUCAGUAAAAUAGAAGUGAACUUGAGGAGGUUGCUGGCUGCUGCUCCUCAACAGCAAAAUCAAGCAAAACUUGUACAUUAUGUUGCUACUUUACGUGAGCAAUUGGAACAACUGGCUGAAGAGAGGACGCCAGAAGGAUUGCCAAGGGUUUCAAAGGCCGUGCUGAAUGAUUAUUCAGAAAAAAUUGAAGUCAUUGCUUCCAAACUAGCUAAUCCGUUGCCUGAAAUGCAAGCAUCUCAGGACCUCGAAGUAAGCUCUGUUAAAGAAAACCGAUCUGACAUUGGGGAGAAAAAGCAGAUUCCCCUUUCUUCGGGAUUGAGAAGAAGACCUGUGCCUAACCCAAGUACUGAAAAUAAACCUCAUGAACCUGCUGAUGUGGAUUCAGCACCUGUCAAAUUGGAUGCUGAAGCACAUGCGCACAUUGAUAAGCACAGAAAGCUUCAAGAUGAUUUGACUGAUGAGAUGGUCGUGUUGGCAAAGCAACUUAAGGAGAAUAGCCUCAUGAUGAGCCAGUCCCUGCAAAAUACUGAAAAGAUACUUGAUUCUACUGAGAAGGCCAUUGAACAUAGUUUGGCAAGCACAGGUCGUGUAAAUACUCGAGCAACAGCUAUAUAUUCAGAGAGUUCCAAGACCUCAUGCUUGACUUGGCUUCUCAUGUUUGUAAUGACAUGUGUGUUUGUCAUGGUUGUGCUUCUCAUUCGUGUCACAUAACAUUGUACUUCACCUCUCACGUUUUCUUUUCCUGCUCAAAAUGUCAUUUUGCGUAUUUAUGUCAAGAUGUAGGUUUGUUUUUUGCUCUUAGAGCGAAUGCUUUUCUUUUUAUAUUUUGCUGUUAGCGUUCCAUGAAAGAAAGGUUAGAGGACGUAAGUAAAAUAUGAAGUCAAAUAACUA